CAACAACUAGGCAAGCAGCUUAAUAAACUCUUUUUUUCUUCUUUUUUGUGUGUCGGCUGCACAAAAAUUAAUCUGGUUUUAUGUUUUACUUUUAUGCGUCGCGCGCGCGCCAUUUGUAGUUGUGCGCGUGUGUGUGUCUGUGUUGCUGUGUGUGAGAGUGUUUGUAGAAAAUACCAUAAACCAACAACAGCAACAACAACAAUAGUAAUUAAUGCCCUGUUACAGUUUUACAUUUGUUUACUUUUGUGUGUCAACUUUCGUCGUGGUUGUGUUUUAAUGUGAUUGUGUCUCGCUUUUAGUUGCUCUCGUAAAUUGAAAAUUGGAAAACGGCCCACAAACCAUUUUUACAGGCGUUGCCACAGCUAAUUUGGCCAGCAUUGCGGCCAGCAGCAGCAGCAGAAGAAGAAGCAGAAGCGCGCCAUGCAUCGCUCACUGAAGCCGCACACAACGACGGCACAAGCUAAAAAGGUACAGCCGCCAACAAUACCAGGAGAUCAGCAACAUCAACAGCAGCAACAGCAAAAUCAGCAGCAGCAGCAUCUGCAACAAUUGUCACCCACCUCGCCCCUUGGCCAUCAUCAACAGCAACAUCAUCUUCAACAUCAACAUCACCAUCAACAUCACCAACAGGCGCUGAUACCGCUGUACAGAUUAAGCGGCCCAUUGCGACAUCAUCAGCAGCAGCAGCAAGUGGACGAUGGCAUUUGUGGCAUGAGUGGCAGCAGCAUUGUUUCGUCGCCCUCGCUGGAGGAGGGCGGCUUCAAUUUGCCACGCGAGACGAGCGUCGCUCUCCGUCUGAAAGAUGAGGCGGUAACAGGCGCAGUCGGAGCUGGGACAGCAACAGGCGCAGGAGGAGCAGCGGGAGCAGGCGUAACUGCCACAGUUGGUAGCAGCAGCAACAGCGGCGGCAAACCACCGGCACCACCCAGCAUUGUUGCCUGUCCGCCGCCCGUCUUCUGUGCCACUCUGCGUGAACCGCUCACCCACAAGGCGGCCGUUUAUUAUCAUCAGCAGUUGGCGCUGCAGGAAGAUCAGGGCAUCGACUUAACCCAGUCACCUGGUCGGGACUCACCCGGCUCGUCAUCCGGUUCGGCUGGUUCGGGGUCAAGGCAUAGCACCGCUAGCUUAGAUUCGGGUCGUGCCUCGUCCUAUUUGACGGGCGUUUCCUCGUCGGGCGCCUCGAUACGAGCGCCACUCUCCUCGCCCCGCUGCAGCUCGGUGAGCUCCUGCUCGAUUGGGAGUGUUGAUCGGCAGCGCAACGAUGAGCUCAUCAUUGACUGGCUGCUGGAGAUGAAACAUGAGGAAUAUGCUCAGCUAUUCAUUGGUGCUGGCUACGAUUUGCCAACGAUUGCACGCAUGACACCCGAGGAUCUCACCGCCAUCGGCAUCAAGAAUCCGCAUCAUCGGGAGCGCAUCAAGCAGCGCAUCGACAAGCUGCAGGUGCUCGACAAUUUGCCACACUUUGUGCCGGGCUCCAUUGAGGAGUGGCUGCAGCUGUUGCGCUUGGAGGAAUAUAUACAACCACUGCUGGAGCAGAACUACAAAACGGUGCGCGAUGUCACCCAAGUGACUUGGGAGGAUCUCGAGGACAUUGGCAUUGUCAAGUUGGGCCACCAGAAGAAGAUACUGCUGGCCAUCAAGCGGGUCAAGGACAUUAUCAGCGGCAAAUGGAAUCCGGGCGGUGGCAAUGCCUAUCAGCAGCAGGAAUACCAGCAACGCAAGCCGUGGCAAUUCAAUGUGCCCAUACCGAGUACGCCAUCUUAUGUGCCAACCACACGCGUCUCCUGGGACGACACCAAGAUCUAUGCAACGGCGACUACGUCAACGGCAAUGCCAGCGCAUAUCUUGACCAAUGGCCACAGCGGUGGCCUGAGCCAUGUCGGUGGGGGGGAUGCCUAUUAUUGCACGGGCAGCAAUCACGAGUGUUGCAACGGCAACGAUGUGGUGCUCAUUAAGGUGCGUCAGCCGCGUGGCAAGAGCCUGGAAUCGCUGGAGGAUAUACAUGACAACAGCACGCGCAGCCAUUUGACCUUUAGCCACUACACGACCACAGACUAUGGACACUUUGGGCCGCCCACAACAGCAGCCGCAGCCGCAGCGAUGGCUGCAGCAGCCACACUUCAGCAGCAGCAACACCAUCAGUUGCUCCAACAGCAACACCAACAACAACAACAGGCCGCAGCUCGGCUGCUUGGCAGCAAUGCAGCAGCGUUGGCCUGGCGACGUUCCUACGAUGAUGGCGACAUUACACCCACCAACGAUGCCACACGCGAGCUGCUCUACGAGGAGGGCGGCGGCACACUGCCCCGCCAGCAGCGUGGCAUCCUCCAGCGAGCAGUGCUGAAUACAAUGCCACCGUUGGAGCAUCAUCACUACAUGAAUGCGGCGGCGGCGGCAGAGUAUGUGACGGCAGGCGGUGCCGAUUCCACAACGGCCUUUCUCGGCGGCAGUCCGUUGACGGGCAAGAAGAUAGCGCCCGAGCCGCCAAGGCGUCACUGCAGCAUACGCAACUCGCGACAGUUGAGCGUGGAGGCGACGCAACAGGCUGCAGCAGCAGCAGCAGCUGGCGCAAGCAAUCAACAGCAACAACAACAACAACAGCAGCAACAACUACAACUGCAGCAGCAGCAACAGCACAUAUUCUAUGGCCACACGGCGCAACAUUGGCAGCAGCAGCAAAUUGGAGGAGUUAACUCGCAGCAGCAGCAGCAACCGAUCUAUGCAAACUAUGCAACCAUUCAGCAGACAACGGCGGAGAUACACUGCGAGAAGUAUCAUGACAAUAAGUCAAAUUCCAGCAUAGAUUCGAUUGACACGAUACCGUUUGCCAAUGAGAACACCGGCACCAUUAAGCAGCGACUGCUUAAUCGCCAGGAGCUGCAGUCGAGCGUUGCCGGUGGAGGUGGAGUUGGUGGAUUGACGGGAUCAGUGCUGAGUGCUGGACACCAUGCGGCCGGCACGCAUUUGCAUUCGUCCAGUUCCAGUUCCAGUUCGUCGUCGACAAACACCAUUGCCAACAAUAUAGCGCAUUCGUUCCAUUCGCUGAAAUCUUCCAGUUCGCUGCACGACGCAACACUCGCCCGCAGCGACAGCAUGAACAGCACGGCGAGUGCCGGGAGCAGUGCUCUCCACUUGCGUUCACCCACUUUGGCAGAGGCAGCAUCAGCAGCAGCAGGCAGCGGUGGUCUGAUGGAAUCAUCGGCAUCGCCAGAGCCAACGAUUGCAUCUGCUCCUGCUGCUUCAGCAGCGCCUGCACCUGCUGCCGCUGUUAAUGCAACAGUGCCGCCAAAAGUAUCGGUCAAUGUGCUCAACGAUAUUGGCAAUAUGCUCGCCAAUUUAACCGAUGAACUCGACGCCAUGCUCGAGGAGGAGAAGCGUGUGGGUCUCAACAUUGACAGUGAGUAAAGAGCGGGGGAGACAGACAAAGAGAUCAAAAGUAGAAAGCAAAGUUUCCUUAAGCUAAAAAAACUCCCAAAUCACAAGCGAGAGAACAUUUCACGUAGUGUAGCUGAAAUUUUUGUGUGUAAUCGUCGUCGUAGUUACUCGUAACUCGUUACUCGUUACUUUGUUUCUGCCUGCGUCAAGUUUUUCAGUGUUUUUACUUUGUAUUGAAUGUUUAGUUUUUAGUAUUUUGUUUGUAUUAUCUAUAAUUUUAUUGGUAAAGUUCAGUGUUUUGUGUACUCGUUGGAAAGUGUAUCGAGUGCUAGCAACGAGUGGACGAGUAUGCCUAAGAAAAUAUUUUCGAAUAAUUGGUCUAUAUAUAUAUAUGUUAUAGC